GGCAACCAUGAAACAGGCUUGUAGAGAUGAAACGGUAGUUCGCGUGUUUUUUUUUUCUACAAACCAAGAUAUAUAUAUAUAUAUAUAUAUGACCAAUGAAUAAUUCGAUGUCAAAAUAGUCAUGCUUCCUCGAGUAUGGGGAAGCUAUCAUAGUUUUGUCAUCAUAGCCGUCUCAUUUCUUGACAAAGAAAAACGCCAAUGAAAGCGACAUCGAUGAGGUAGGAAAAAAGCGAAUAGCUAUGGCGAGUGAUUUGAAGUUCAGGAACAUCAUUGCCUUCUUUUUCUUCGGCUUUACUCUGGCAAUCCCCAAUGGAUUAUAUCUCGUUGCUACCCAGGACAUACUUAGCGGUAGUUCGAUUCCUUCGACCGUGAUUUUGAUCAUCAUGUCAGUACCUCACAUUCUACUGAAGUUCGUUGCUCCAUGGUUUGUGUACAAAGUCUCGUUUCUCGUGUGGUGGGCAGUGGUCACUGCCCUGUCUUUGGUAUCCAUAGUGUGUGUAACAGCAGACUUGGUAGCAGUUCGAAUGAUCGGUGCUUUUCUGAGCGGGCCUGCGAUGUGCUUGACUUCAGUGGUGACAAUGGCGAUGAUAGCAAAGUACCAGAGUCUGGAUGUCCUGAUGAGCGCGAACCGAACUGGUGUCGGUCUGGGUGAUAUCGUCUCCAGUUUCAUCUACACAGGGUUGACCACAUGGACGUGCAUGUCUCCCCAGAUGGCAAUGGUCAUCAGCCUCCCAUUGUGUUUCGUUCCGCUAUUAUCCCACUGGCUCUUAGAUAAGACACCUCUCCAAGAAGUAGACAGCUAUACCGGAGUACAAUACACCAAGACAGACCACCAAGAGCCGCACGAAGAAAAGCCAACGCCAAUGAUUGACACAAAACACAAAACUUACCGCGUUGUGUCGAUGCUUUGGACCAUCUGUCCUCUCGCGGGGUACUUGUAUCUCAGCAAGAUGUCACGAUACAUUUGCACAAAUGCGCUCUUGACUAGCAUAGCAUUCUCCAACGCACCAUUCCUUCCACGUGAUCAUAAUCAAUACUACAUACUACUGUUUGACUGUGCGCGACUUCUUGGAAGCACAGGGCCCAUUCUUACAUCGCCGGCAGGACCAGAAUGGCAGGAACUCUUUAAGAUUAGGAGAAUUUGGAUCGUCGCUAUACUUGACGUGAUACCAAUUUUCCUUUACCUCCUCACCUCGUGGUUUCGCUUUAUUACAAAUUACCGUAUCAUUUUUGCGGUCUGCUUUGCGCAUGGCAUUAUCAGCGGUAUGCUGGCGGUUUACGCAGUAAUUUACACCGCUGACCAGUUCAUAACAAAGGAGGAGAAAGGUGUUGCGAUGGGUCUGGUGGAGGUCAGUUGUCCUAUGGGUAUUCUGGUUGCCGGGGUUGUUGGCGCGUUUGUAGAGCCACUGCUAAAGAAACAUUGCAUCGAAGAUCUGCAUUUAGGCGUGUACUGCUCAACAAGAUUCGCGUCGUCCGCGCAAUGGACCCAAAAUCUACGAUGUACUCAACAUAGUAAAGGACUGUAACACAAUAUGCACGCACAAUCUACGAUGUACUCAACAUAGUAAAGGACUGUAACAAAUUCGCUGAUUGCCUCGCACACAUGAACGGUAUUAAUUUACUCACUUUGCCUUGUAGCUAUAUUAAACGUACUUAUAAUAACUUUGUAGAAAUCGGCAUUAAACAAGUCAAUCGAGUCAUUUAUUUUA